AUGUUGGUCGAGUGGCACGUGACGCUUUUAUCUGGUCCUGACCCAGGACUUGACAAGUUCCGAUGGCAUCUAGCAGACAACAGUUCGUGGCUGUGCACAACCUGCGUACUGAGAAUCUGUGCGUUAGAUGUGGCAUCUAGCAGUAGACGUCUCCAGUCCACGGUCGAAGGUAGUGGCAGUGGCGACGUUACCUUCCGUAUUGUACGUGAAGCAUUCGAGUGCUCGUGCGGCUUAAGUCACGAGGCUUUCGUACUGGCAGCAGUAAUCAUUGGCGUCUGUAUCCCGGUGGUCGUGCUUCUCGUUGAGCCGCUGGUCUCUUUUUACCGCGAUCGACAACUUUUUGGGCUUUUUACACGUCGUGACGGGCCUUCUCGACCAGUUAUCGCAGGGUAUACAACGCAAUCUGCUACUCGCAAGGGUCGAGUCGUCAUCAUUUUCGUAUUGAUGGCGCUUUGUGUGGCUUGCGGCUUCGUGGCAGCUCAGAUCACGUCGACCAAUUUUGUGACUGAGAGACGGGCGGUUGUCGUGCUGUGGGUGGUGACUUUCGCCAUUGCUGUGGCGUUGGGAGUGCUGGUAUACUGCACAUUGGUGUGGCUCGUGUUGUUUACUGUGCGUUGGUCUUGUGAACGUGCUCGCAGUCGUGACUCAUCCGGACUGAGUGAGCUCCGUAACUCGCUGUUAUCCGACGACGUCAAUGCGAAAAAUGAAAAUGUUACGAAGUAUCGUAUGAACACGUAG